AGAAGACAAAUAAGAACCGGUAUAUAAACAAAACAACCCUGUAUCGAUGUUUCAAUACAUCUCGUGCAUUUGUUUAGUUUACUUGCAUUCGAGAAAAUAUACAAGUUUUUUUUAUUAUUAAUAACACACACAAACAAAUUUCUCCUCCCAAUAAAAUAUUGAAAAUUUAUUAAAUAAAAUACUUAGCUUCUUGAAAAUUCAAAGCAAAACCUCCACGUGUAAGGAAGUUUGACUUCUUUUCAACACCUACAACUGAAAUAAAUAUUCCAGCUACAAACAAUCAAACCAUCGACACAACUACUACAAAUAUGAAGAACAUUGUGGAUGUAUUGUCUUUGCAAAAUCGUGCCCAAGAGAGUAAAUUACAAAAAGUCAAACCCACCGACUACAGAAAAAUUGACAAACCUGGCGUAGUGGCUCGUUUCUUGUUUGAAUGUGCCAUUAAGUUACAAAUAAAACCUUUGACAUCAGCCAGUGCUGCUAUAAUUUAUCAUCGAUUCUUUAGAGAAGUCGAUACCACUGAUUAUGAUGAAUAUUUAAUUGCUGCUUCAUCCCUUUAUUUGGCUGGAAAAAUCAAAGAUGAUCCUGUUAAAAUUCGUGAUGUUAUAAAUGUAGCUCACAGUACUCUUAAUCGUGGAGCUUCGCCAUUAGAGCUGGGCGAUGAAUAUUGGUCAAUGCGUGAUGCUAUUGUUCAGGCGGAAUUACUAAUAGCUCGCACAUUGAAAUUUGAUUUGAAUAUUGAACAUCCACAUAAGUUCUUACUCUACUAUAUGAAAACAUUACAAGACUGGUUGGGUAGCAAUGUCUGGUCAUCAGUGCCCAUAGCUAAAACAGCAGCAUCAUUUCUACAAGAUUUUCAUCAUUCAAACAAAAUUCUUAAUCACAAACCAACACACAUUGCCAUUUGCUGUCUAUCGUUAGCCCUACAAACAUACGGUGUACAAGUACCACUAACCGAUGAAUCAGAUGAUGCCUCUAUGUGGUAUACACCAUUUGUUUCGGACAUAAGCAAGGAUAAACACUGGGAAAUAAUUGAAGACAUUAUUGAGGUCUAUAAACAGGAAACCGAAAUCAAUACAAUUUAAUUGUUUUAACAAAACUUUAAAAAAACAAUACUUGUUAUUUAAACAAGUUUCUUCGAAUGCAGUUGAUGUGAUAUGUGGU